GCCAGUUCCAUUGAAGUGAAUGGAGUCAAGUUGUAAUACCACACACAACCUGGAGACAGACAGGGAGUGGUCUUUAAAAGAAAUAAGUAAGAGAAAUGAGUGGGAGAGACUUCUUCCCCAAUCUUAUCUCCUCAACAAAGACUCUGGAGGAGAGGAGACACUUCACCACCGCCAGCCCAGUGAGGGGACACCAGGGCCAUGAUGGAUGGGUUCAGAUAUCUGACAAGCUUCAGGAGGUCUUCAGCUAUUGGUCCCCAGAGAAUCACGUGUCCUCUCUGUGAGAGACAGAGGGUUUGAAGCCUGGAAAUCCAUGGAUGGAAGUUUACAGCUUUGACAUACUACCUAAAGGUUGUAGGGCAAGGAGGAUUCCCCCGAAAACAGGUUGACCCUCCUCCAUCCCUGGCAGAUGGACAAUACCAGAAUGGGCUCCUUUUUGGACUAUGCCAUUUGUAACCGUGGCACUAGUGCCUACUCACCCAGAGGAUACCACCAUCUAGACCAAGGGACACCAUCCUUUCCAGCAUGCCCCAGCACCAGUGACAUUUAUAAUGGUGACGGCCACUUUGUAGUCGGGGGAACUGGUGCAAUUCCCAACCAGAUCCAGCAGCAGAACCAUGGCUACCAUCAUCACCACCACCACCACCACCCCCCAAGCACCAGUCUCGCCUAUGCCAACUCAAUACCCAACUACACUUCACAGACUUGCAGCCAGGGUUAUGGGCACCAAGUCUAUGUCACCCAAGAAGCAGAAGGAGCUUAUUUUCAGCAACAGCCUUAUUCUGCCACCACAGCUCCCAACAAUGGAUCUAUGUCAGAAGGAUAUUGUGGAACUGUGCCAGGCCCUGUCCCUUACCAUCAACACUCCUAUGGGCAAGAGCACCAAGCCUUGUUACACAGCUACCACAACCAUUCCCCUCUACUGCACGAUGAGAAAGAAGUGCCCUGCCAACCAGAACUGGUAGCAACCAAUCCUACUUUUGACUGGAUGAAAGUGAAGCGGAAUCCACCAAAGACCACCAAACCAGCAGACUAUGGGUUAAAUUCUCAGCAGAACACCAUGAGAACCAACUUCACCACCAAGCAGCUGACAGAGCUGGAGAAGGAGUUCCACUUUAACAAGUACCUGACCCGGGCCAGACGGGUGGAGAUCGCUGCCACUUUGGAACUGAACGAAACGCAGGUCAAAAUCUGGUUUCAGAACCGGAGGAUGAAACAGAAGAAAAGAGAGAAGGAAGGUGUCACCUCCGGCACCUUGAAGGAGUCUCUAAAGGAAAGUAGUGAGACCUCAGACCUCUCCACCUCGCCCGACACCUCACCCAACUCUGCAUAGACAAUUCAUGGACAUACUUUCCAGGGAACCUUAAUUUUACAAAAAAAAAAAAAUAAUAAUAAUUAAAAGAUGUAAAUAGUUUAUUUUCGUGGACAAAAAUUCUUCUUAUUUAUAUAUGGAAUACAGUUUACAAGCGAAUUUUUACCCCACUGAAGAAAAAAGGGAGCUGGCCAGCUUCUCUCAGGGAAACCCCCAAAAUUUUUAGGGGAGCUGCACUUUCAGGCAUCUCCAUUUUUAACUAGCUGAUUUAUAGUCCUAUUUAUGCCCAUAGCGGUAAUUGUCAUGUCUUCUGUGUGUUUUUUAAUGCUGUGGAUCAUUAUUUCCAGUGAAUUACAUGCGAUUGUGUUUAGUAGGACACACAAGGACCCCUUUUGCCUAUAACAAAAAAAAAAUAACUAGUUUGCACUAUAGUUUAAACGAAUAAUAAGAAAAUGCAGAAUUGGUGCCUGUGAAGAGAUGAAUUACAGU